AUUGCUGUGCUAGGUCUUUUAUUUCGUUGUGGGAGACAUGGCGCUCGACGACGGUCUCCCCUCGCGCAAGGAGCUCCGAUUCGCUGUCAAUGGCAAGCUCGUCGUCGUCCGGGACGCUGAUCCGCGCGCCAGCCUCGGGGAUUUCCUCCGCGAUAAUCUGCUGCUGCGAGGUUUGAAGAUGCCGUGCCGGCAAGGGGGAUGCGGCGCUUGCACCGUCGUGAUUUCCUCGCCUAGAUCGAGCGAUGGGGUGCUGCUGCGGCACAGGCCGGUAAAUUCGUGCCUCCGGACGCUCUGCUCGGUGGAUGGGAUGCUCGUCACGACUGUGGAGGGGAUUGGGAGCUGCAAGGGUGGAUUGCAUCGCGUCCAGCAAGCGCUUGUCAAGCACAAUGGCUCGCAGUGUGGAUUUUGCACGCCUGGCUGGGUGAUGAAUAUGUAUGGCUUGCUGCUUGAAACUCCAAAUCCUCUGCCGCAGCAAGUGGAAGAUCAGCUAGAUGGAAAUCUUUGCAGGUGUACUGGAUAUCGUCCCAUUUUGGAUGCUUUCCAGUCUCUCGCGUGUUCUUCCCGAGAUGGAUGCAGUGCAGGAGACAUCGAAGAAGUACCAACGUGUAAGAACUUGGCUUCGCUUCGCCAAGACGACGAGCUCGAGAUCAGCAAGGGUGGAGUGACGUGGUUCCGAGUCUCGUCCUUGACAUCGCUGUACAAGGUUCUCAGGAACAAUGCCGUUGGCGGCGUGCAGCUCGUUUGUGGGAACACGUCGAGUGGAGUUUAUCCUCGACAGUUCAAGAGCGUUGUUGUGGACAUCAGCUGCAUUGACGAGAUGCGGCGUGUUAGUAUCGACAGUCGUGGCAUCCGGCUCGGUGGCGCAGCUUCAUUGAGCGAUAUGGAAGCAGUGCUGAAUUCGAAGAAAGAAGUUUCUUCGAGCUAUCGGUCGCUCUUGCAACACGUGAAACGGAUCGCUACACAUCAAGUUCGAAACAUGGGAACUGUUGCUGGAAAUCUCAUGAUGACGUAUCAAAAUCUGGGCUUCGUAUCGGACGUAGCAGUCCUACUUUUUGCCGCUGAAGCAAUUUUGACGAUCGCUCUCUCCGAUGCAGUUCGGAAAGAUUUGACCAUCGAAGACUUUUUCAAGCUCCCGAGCGUGGACGAGAUUGUCAUUGUGGAAAUUUUUCUUCCUUUGCUACCAGAGAGUGUACGAUUUCUCACCUAUAAAGUUGCUCUCCGGCGAGUGAACUCUCAUGCUCUACUGAACGCUGCAUUCAGGUUCGACGUUAACAGUAGCAAAGGCUUGAUUCAAAGUGCUCCAGUCAUUGUUUACGGAGGAGUUGGUCAUUUCCCUGUCCGAGCUAAAAAUGCAGAAGCUUUUCUGUGGGGAAAAUCUUUCACGGAUCCCCAGGUUUGCGACAGUGCUCUCGAAAUACUCCAGAAAGAGAUUGUUAUGGAUCCUUCCUACGGAAACACAAGUUAUCGCACAUCUUUAGUGGCAGCAUAUUUCUACAAAGCGAUAUUGUCUUUGUGGCCUAAGGAUCGCGUUCCCAGCACGUUGCAGUCGUCAAUCUCAGAGUUCUCCUGGCCAAUUACGUCUGGAACAAAAAGCUUUGAUAAGGGCGACCCCUCACAAUAUCCUGUCUCCAAACCUCUGCCUAAGUUAUCUGCAAUGUCACAGGCUUCAGGAGAACUGAAAUAUGUGAAUGAUUUCAACUUUGGGAACGAAUUAUAUGCAACAUAUGUAAUUUCUACGGUUGGAAAUGCAAAAAUAAAAGGCAUAGAUCCUGCGAGAGCACUCGCAGAAAACGGAGUGGUAACAUUUAUCUCAGCUGCAACUUUAGCGGGUGCUGGAUACAACAACAAAGUGAAUGAAUUUGAAGAAGUGUUUGCUGCAAGCGACAUUCUUUACUGUGGCCAAGCAGUGGGACUUGUUGUUGCGAAGUCGAAGAGAGUGGCGGAUUAUGCUGCGACAUUAGUUGACGUGCAGUAUAUGGAUAUCAAGAAACCAAUUAUUACAAUAGAAGAUGCUGUUUCUGCGAAUUCUUUCUUUCAUAACAAGGACAGAGAACUUGAAUUUCAACAAGGAUCCGUUACGGAGGCAUUUAGUGAUUCGGAGGCAAUUCUAAUAGAGGGCCAGGUCAGCGUUGGCAAUCAGUACCAUUUCCAUUUGGAGACCCAACAAGCAGUAUGCGUUCCGUCAGAGGAUGGUUUCAUUGAAGUGUACUCGUCCACUCAAAAUCCCUCGAAGGUCCAAAGCUGCGUCAGUGCUGGACUCAAUCGACCUCAACACAAAAUUACGGUAUCUGUCAAGAGAAUUGGAGGAGCAUAUGGGGCGAAAAUCAACCGGUCAUCGUUAAUUGCAAUGGCUUGUGCGUUUGCGGCAGACUUGCUCAAGAGGCCCGUACGACUUGUUCUGGAUCUUAGCACCAACAUGCAGCUUGUAGGUGGUCGCAGUCCUUACUUUUGCAAAUACAAGAUCUCUGCAAGAAAAACUGGUCAAAUCACUGGCGUGAAAAUGGAUAUUAUCAACAAUCAUGGAGCUCACUUCGAUUUUGGGUAUCCAACUGGUUCCACGCUACCAAAUUUUAUAGAUGGCGCUUACAAAAUUCCGAACUGGGAUCUGAAGACGAAAAUUGCACGGACAAAUACACCAGCUUGCACAUAUAUGCGUGGCCCAGUUUUCGUUGAGACCACCACUAUGAUUGAAACGGCAUUAGAUCAUGUUGCAUUUACUCUACGCCUUGCUCGUGAUCAAGUUCGCGAAAUUAACAUGUACGAGAAAGGCGACGUUUCUUUGAACGGGCAACGGCUUAACUAUUGCAAUGCAAAGUUAGUGUUUGACGCUAUCAAGGAGUCAAGUAACUAUUUAAUCCGUUCGAAGCAAGUGGACGAAUAUAAUUCGAGCAACCUUUGGAGGAAGCGUGGAAUAUCAAUUGUCCCUGUGAAGUUCAUCGCAGAGUGGCAUGGCGCCCAGCAUCUUGCUCUAAUCAAUGUGCAUCCGGAUGGAAGCAUCAGCAUCCAUCACUCUGGAUGCGAGAUGGGACAGGGCCUUGACGUGAAGGUUGCUCAGGUGUGUAACGUGUCGCUGUUUUGCUUUGUUUAUCUCGUAUGCUGGUUGGAUUCUUUUCAGGUAGCAGCUAUGACCCUUGGAUCUCUGCAAGUAGAUGUCUCAAUGGAAGAUAUUGCUGUGCACACAACUACAACCACCGUCGCCAACAACGUCGCGGAAAGUGGUGGCUCCGUAGCUUCAGAGUUAUGCGCAAAGGCCGUGCAUGAUGGAUGCACUCAACUCGUGGAACGUCUUCGUGCAGUGAAGACCAUGUUGGUCUCGGGAUCAAAGAGUUGCUCCUGGAAGGAUCUCAUCAGCGCUGCUGUGAGCUCUGGAGUUGACCUUCAAGCCCGCGGCCGCGUGUAUCCCGCUGCCGCUGAAGACGGUCCUUCCCAAUACACGUCGUUCGGAGCCGGCGUCACAGAAGUGGAAGUUGACAUUCUGACGGGAGAAACAUUCGUGAUCCGUGCGGAUGUCUUACUCGAUUGCGGGAAAAGCUUGAAUCCGGCCGUUGACAUUGGCCAAGUUCAAGGCGCUUUUAUUCAAGGACUCGGCUACUUCCUUACAGAAGAAUUCCACUAUGAUCCUUCCACGGGCAAGCUUCUAACUGAUGGAACUUGGGAGUAUAAGCCACCAUUUGCCAGGGACAUUCCAUACGAAUUCAACACCGCUCUCCUCCCUAACAGUGAAAAUCCUUCCGGCUUCCUUCGCUCAAAGUUCUCUGGAGAACCUCCUUAUGGCACGGCUUGCAGUGCCUUGCUAGCAGUGUCCCAAGCUCUGGCAGCCGCAAGAUCGCAGUGGAAUGGCGGCAAUGGAUGGUCUCCUCUCAGCUCUCCAGCAACGCCACAAAACGUAGCCCUCGCGGCCGAGUUUCCACUCUCGUCAGUGAGCUUUCGAGAGCUGUUUUCAAUGAAUAAAUGAAGAACCCUAAAAACAGGGGAAGGCUUUUGUUUUAGGGUUUAUGCUUGAGGGAGAAGAAUGCUCGCGGCGAUUCCAUCCAGCCAGGAUCGUCAAUCCAGGUGAAAAUGCAGCGUGUCGCGGCGCUAGCGCCGUGCCGCGCUCGCAAUUAUCAAUCAAAGAGCGCGCGAGUCGCGACAUUCUUCUUCUGGGAGUCGCGAUCCACAGGGACGAGAGGAUAGAUUUCUCACAUCUAUUCGCAAGCUCCCCGUGUUAAACACACUCUCGGGAGAAAAACAAAGGGGCAGGGAAAGAAAAUAUCAGCGCAACUUUACUAUAGUACAUAGCAGGAAAAUGGCCGGGUCGACUCUCACACGUCGAUCACUGUGCCUUGACUCGCUGUUGCAGUAGAUACUUCUCAACGUACAGCUUCCUGGAAAACAAAGAAGCGGUUUGGAAGAUCUGUUCGGCUAGAUUUUGUGCAAGUUUGGGUUACCUGGCUGCACUGUCGUCUGAUCGCUGGUGCUGUGUUCUUACAGGAUUUUCCGUGAACAGCAGCAGUGCCUGGAGAGAAGAAGAAGAACGAGAACGAGAAACGAUCAGCCAGUGAACCUGUGGUACAUGCCGGGAGGGAGAACAACGAGGUCGCCUUUCUGGACGUAAAAGCGGAUCCAUUUGUCGUCGUAAUCUCUGAUAUCCCAGUAUCCUGCAAAAACAAGAGUUAUUGAGUUUCGCUGAGCUCUCUGUGCUUUUCCAGAGCUUUGUACCGCUGCCAUCGAGAAUGAGACGGCUCUCCUCCUGGGAGUGCAUGUGUUCCUUGAAGAAACCUUUCACUCUGGCGUCGAAGUCGACCAUCGCUUCUCGAGAAACCGUUAUGACUUCCUGCAACGAGAUUGUCAAACAUUGAUGGAUCGAAAGGAAAAAGCAAGUAGAGAACGAUGGCGGCGUGGCUACGUACGGAGUAUUUGUAGCCGCGGUCGCUCCUUAUGUUCUUCAGCUCGGUGUCGGACUCCCAAUUAUCAACAUCUAGCUUCCAGAUAUGCUACUUUCAAGACUACCAUGCACAUGAGAGAGAGGGAUGGCGCGGUUUGGAUGAUACUUGUGAGCAAGCUUUUCGUUUUCGUCGGUGCUGUUGUACUCCCAGGCUUGAAUCUCCGACUAAACAAUCCCCCAGACAAGAGUCAGCUGCAAUUCGAAGAAGAGAAGAGCAGGAGAGGAAAUAUAUUUUGAAGAUCGUGGAGGGGAAGCAGCAGAUCGAGACAAAGGUGGAGUGACAAGUCGGAGGAGCUUAAACAGUGGUGCGGCCUAGUUGACUUGCUCGAGAUGGCUUUAACCCUCGGCCAGGAACACAAGAAAAGCUCAAGAGGAAGGGGAAGACCGGUGACUGGUCCAGUGAGGGCCCCAAGGACGAGCAUAAGAUAACACUUCGCACCAGUGCUGCUAUGACUAGUGCUAGCCGCAAUGCUGGGAUUUAAAUGCGGGAACGAGCAAAGCACAGUAGCUACCAGCAGCAGCAGCAGAAAGAGAAAGAAAAGCAACAUCUAUGGUCCGGUCGCGAGCAGGAGUAGUUUGCUCUUCGCUGAUUCCGAGGAAAGUUAUGGAAACAGGAAUGGAAGUGAUGGAGACGGACGGAAAGAAGACGGGAAAAAAGUAAAAACAAAACGAAGCAGAGUGGAGGUGACUUUAAAACUCGCGACGAAACGAAGAAGGCUGAAGAGAGGAAAGCAAAACCGACAUGCAAGCUUAAGUUUCGACGUAGAAAAGGGAAGUAGUGGCUGCUGCCGGUGCCGGUGCUGCUUCACGUCAAGCAACUGAUAUAACGGAAAAACGAACAGAAUUGGAGCAAAUGGCUGGAAGAAAACAAAGAGCUGGAAAUGGAGGCAGGUUGGAGCGAGACGGUGCGAGCGAGUAGCAUGGCGUCACGUGGGUGGAUUCAAUGGCCUCGCUGCAUGCACAUUAAAUGCUCGCCAACACGCUGCUGCUGCUGCAACUUGGAUCGAUCGGCUGUUUGGUGGUGCGAGCGAGCUUUCCUUCUCGGACAUGCUACAAACCAUCAGGACAAGGGAGAGCUUCUUUUUCCCAGAGGGAGACUACUAUAGCACUAUCAAUUCAAGUAAAACGGAGCCGUCGCAAAACGUCGCAGGAUCUAGCGGGGUACUGGGAGUCGGCUGCCAGUUUCUACGAUGCCACGCGAUGUGAUUGUACGAGAAUCACGCUGGACAAGAUCUGCGCGAACGAAAAGAGCAGGCGAUUGAUUUUCCAAGCCUGAAACUCCGAGAGAAACAGCAUGAGAAAGUCUAUGUUUGUCCCCCAUGUGAGAUUAGCAUGUGGAACCGAGCGCUCACAUGUUUGUGCUCGGCUUUCUAUGCCGGUUAUAUUCUUUGGAUCGGCAUUGGGUGGCACGUAUACGAGCGACGAUUCGGCUUACGUACGGAUCUGGUGCUUAAGUACACGAAACUAAGGAAAGAUUCUACGACGGAGUCGAA